CAAAUGUUCUUAUGCUAAUUCUCUACAGUUUCUGUUCAUUCUAUUUGAUUUCUCCAUUUGUGUUUUCAAACUAAAAAACAAUGAGAAUUUGCUUCUCACGUUCUUCUCGUCUACCCGUCUUCAUUCUCAUCGUCAUCGCCGCUGGCAUUUUGAACGACGUCGGAUUCAAUCGAUUCGCUGACGGCGGCCAACGGAGAGUCCACAUCACAGAUGAUCUCGACGACGUUGUUGACGACGAAGAGGACGAUUCUUGGAAGGAUUGGGGCAAGAAAAAGUCCGCUUCCAAUGAUUUCGACAUCCCGCCGGCUGAUUUAUCGAAGAUGGACAUUCCGGAGAUUCAGGCUGAGAUGAUGAAGCGGCAUUCUGGUCCAACCAUGGGAUUUGUCAAGCUUCGGCUCGGCGUUCGGCGGACCCCGGAUACGGUGGCUGAAAUUGCUAUGCAAUGGACGAAGGUUCUGAAAACCGGUUCCGUGGAGGCAAAAUUUAUGGCUGUAGAUCUUAAUACACUCAUGUUCACAAUGGACAGAGGACAAGACUUGAAUGAGUUGAAUGAGUUUGUGUUGAGCCAAGCAGAGUCAUACGAGAUUAAAAUUGGGGACAAUGUAUUUCGAAGACCUGGAGAUCCUCCUCUGGAAGAAGUCAUUCAGUUGCUCCAAAAAGACAAGAACAAAGCUGAUGGCACUGUUUCUUCAAAAAAUUCUGAGCCAUUGCAUCAGGAGCUGUAGAACUAAAUACUAAUAUGGUACCAAUCUUCAACUUGAAAGUGACUUUUUUGGAUUUGUUCAUUUGUUUAGGCUGGUACCCCAUGGAUGGAAAUUACAGAAAGAAAAGAAAAAUCAUCCACUGCCCCUUUAAUAGAAUAAUAGUUAUUCCGUGAGACUAUCACGAUGUGGUUGACAGUUUUUCCUAUACAUCAAAUUUGUUGUUAACCGACAAUAAUUUGAAUCCACAUCUGAUAGAUGUUAUGAAACCGUUAAGAGCAACAUUUUUUAAAUCGUUUUUUCGUAGACUAUUGAUAGGGUAAAUGUUAUGUGGGCAGUGGACCUUUUAGUUUCAAUUAUGAUAUAAUAGUUCAUUAGAAAAAUAGGGCAGUUUCAAAAGCAGGGUAGUUCUAACAUGUCAAAUGAAUGAUGUUGGAAGCAUGUGUAUGGCAGACCUCUAGUGUUUUUAAUGUUUUCUCUUUUGUUAAUGGUUAAUAAAUAAAUUGUUUAUUUUA